UCGGCAUCAUCUCUGUUUUGCUUUCUCACAUGAAACUCCGACUCCAUACCAUGUUCCGCUUCUCCACCUUCUUCCGAUCUCAUGGGUUUCGCUACUCCACCAUUUCCGCCAAUCGGAAACCCCAUUUGCUGGUGGAUUACCUUAUGAAUUCCCUUCGAUUCUCCAAACAAGACGCCAUCUCCGUCUCCACCAAAGCUAAGGUAACCCAUCUCAAAUCCACCAUGAAUUCUGAUUUAGUUGUUGAUAUCUUCAAAACUUAUGGAUUAGACCUAUCCCAGAUCAGACAAAUCGUCUCUUCUGUUCCCAAAAUCCUAACUUGCAAAGCAAACAAAACCCUAGAACCCAAAAUUAGGGUUUUUCAGGAACUUGGGUUAUCCGGGUCGGAUCUAGCUACUAUCGUUAGAAAGAAUCCCGAGAUUUUUGCGUUUGGUUUACAUACUAGGAUCAUGCCCGGUCUUCAACUUCUUAGAAAAUUAUUUGGCAGUGAUGAAAAAGUGAUUGAAGUCAUGAACAAAUCAAGAUGGUUGUAUUUCACAAAUAGUUCUAUGAAGAGAUUAUCAACGAAUGUGUCGUUGUUGCGGAAUUUCGGUCUGGUAAAUGAGAGAAUCACCAUGUUUGUUCUAAGCAACCCCGAGAAGGUUAUGGUGAACCCGGAGUUGCUUGAAACUAGGUUGAAUUAUGUAGAAGACAAAUUGGGGAUUUCUCGUGAAUCACCUUCCUUCAUUCAUGCUUUGAGUGUGGUUUUAUGGCUGACCGAUUCAGAAAUGGAGCAGAAGAUGCAAAUCUUUAGGAGUUUUGGUUGGUCUGAUUCGGAUAUAGCUUUGUUGUUUAGGCAUCAACCUUACUGUUUGAACAAGUCGGAAGCUAACAUCCGUGACAAGUUGAAGUUUUACAUGAAGGAUCUUGGGUAUACGCCUUCGUACUUGAUAAGCUGCGCAUCUUUCUUCACAUUCAGUUUGGAUAAAAGGGUUAUACCCAGGAACAUGAUGUUGAAAAUCUUGAAAGAGAAGAAGCUAGUGAACGAUAAGCCAUCUCUUAUUACGAUUGCAUCCUAUACCGAGUCAAAGUUUCUUGAAUUCUUGCGGGGUUUUGAGGAUGAGAUACCCUCUUUCCGUGAAAUCUACUUGGAUAGUGUCAAGAGAGUUUCUUAAGUCGGUCUUUGUGCAUGAUCCGUUUUGGGGUAUCUUGAAAGGUAACGUGACGUUUCUUCCCAAAUCACCUGUUGAGAGUUUACUUACGUUCGCCUUUUUACAUUCCGAUAAUUGGAUUACGAAAUUCAUGUUGACGGUUUAUGUUUGUCGAGCUUCUGUUCAUGAUGAAUUGAGUUAUAGGAAUGCUAGAAACUGUUGUAGGAUAGAAGGAGAUGGAUUGGGGAUAUGAGAAUUGUUUUAGAAGAUGAGAUGAAGCAAUAUUUUUGAAGUGAUGAUAUGAUCUAUUGCUAUUAAAUUUCUUGA